AUGAGUUCCUCAAAGGUACAGAGUUGGAAAUUUAGGCAGGAAGAAAGUCUUGUUUAUAAAACUGAAGGAGUGGCAGAUGCAAUCACUGGUGAUAACAUAGCCAACACUCCUUAUAAAGAUGAAAAUUUUAAGUGGAUGAUUGAAAGAGACUAUCACUAUACAAUGUUCGUGGAUGAUUUGCCAAGUGCAUAUGUGACAACUGAAAACAAAACUAAAGUUGUUAAAUAUACUAAUGGAAUUCCACUCGGACUCUACGAUCCAUUUAAUGAGAGACAUUUCGUUUACAAUCAUCUAAAAACGACCAUCUUAGUACACGAGUCAAGAGAAAUAGAGGACUCAUACAAAAUUGUUGGUUUUAACAUCGAACCAAUUUCACUUUAUGAAAAAGUUAAUGAAGGGGAAAGACAUAUCUGCUAGUCAAAUUUCAGAUAAGAACUCAAAAGAGAUGAUGAAAUACCAAAAGUAAUGAUGAGUGGAUAUCAAGAUGGGAUCAUUAUCUUCAUCUUUUUGGCUGGAGUCAUUGCCUAUUUUAUGAGAAGGGCUUUAAAGCGAGACAUAAUCAUUUAUGAAAUGAUCAAGUAAAGAUAAUAAGAUAGACUGAGAAAAUUAAAGAAAAAAGUCAAUAAAUAAAAGCCAUAGCAAUUUCAAAGUGUACCAUAAGAAGAUACUGAAUAGCCAAAGAGUAAUAACUAGCAACUUUAAGAAAAAUCAGAUGAUGAAAAGCCAGAGGAAGAUUUUGUUCUAGAUGAAAUCGCGUGGAAAAAGGUUAAAGGCGAAGUGUUUAAAAGACCUAGGUGUUAUUUACUAUUUUCAAUUUUAGUUGGCACUGGCUUACAGAUAUUUGCCAUGGUGUUUUUCUUUAUGAUAUUCGUUGUGGUUGGUAUUGUAUCCCCAAAACAUAGAGGAACGUUGUUAUCAACUCUAUUUUUCUUCUUUAUCGUAUUAAGCAAUAUCAGUGGAUAUUAUUCAGCGAGAUUUUAUAAAAUGUUCUAGGGAGUAAAUUGGCUUUUAUGCACAAUGUUGACAUCAUUACUAUUUCCAAGUUUAGUCUUUACGAUUUGUUUAAUGAUGAAUCUAGCUAAUUGGUUUGAAGGAUCAUCUGCAACUGUAACUUUCUAGACAAUGAUAGUAGUAUUAUUAAUGUAUUGCUUACUCUCUAUUCCAAAUGUUUGGCUUGGCUCAUUUAUUGGUUUCAAAAAACCAACUAUUAAAAAUCCUGGAAAAAUCAAUAAACUUAGCAGAGACAUACCUCAAUAGCCAUUAUUCCUAAGAAUGAAAAUACUUAUCCCAUUAGGUGGAGCUUUCCCAUUCAUGUCCUAUUUUUACUACAUGUUUGGCUUCUUAUUCCUUAUCUUAAUCAUUUUAAUUAUAACUUCAGCUGAGGUUUCAAUAGUUCAAACAUAUCUCUAACUAUGCGCGUAAGAUCAAACUAAUUUAAAUAAUCUUUUAGAGAAAAUUAUUAAUGGUGGUGGCGUAGUUUUUACAUUAGUGGAAGUAGCGGGAUAUAUCUCUAUCUCUUCUCAAUUUACUACUUCUUUGUAUAUACAGAUAUUACUCGGUUUUCAAGCUCGGUGA